CUUCCGGUUGGAGACGUGGCUUAGCGACGGUUCUGCCAUAUUGAACCACAGACAGGCUGAGUGCUGCAAAGAAUUUCUGAUUUAUUUAUCACGACGCUUAUUUUAACAGGACGACGGCGUAGAGCAUUACAGACACGUAAACAUGGUGCUGUUGGCUGCAGCAGUGUGCACCAAGGCAGGAAAAGCUCUGGUGUCACGGCAGUUUGUGGAGAUGACACGGACGCGUGUGGAGGGCCUGCUAGCCGCCUUCCCCAAGCUGAUGAACACGGGCAAGCAGCACACAUUUGUGGAGACUGAGAGUGUGCGCUAUGUCUACCAGCCUCUGGAGAAGCUCUAUAUGGUGCUGGUCACCACCAAGAAUAGCAACAUUCUGGAGGACCUGGAGACUCUUCGCCUUUUCUCACGUGUGAUUCCUGAAUACUGCCGUGUGCUGGAGGAAAGCGAGAUCUCUGAGCACUGCUUCGACCUCAUCUUUGCCUUUGACGAGAUUGUCGCCCUUGGUUACAGAGAGAACGUCAAUCUGGCCCAGAUCAGGACAUUCACUGAGAUGGACUCGCAUGAGGAGAAGGUGUUCCGAGCUGUUCGAGAGACCCAGGAGCGGGAGGCAAAGGCUGAAAUGAGGCGGAAAGCAAAGGAGCUGCAGCAGGCACGGAGGGACACCGAGCGUGGGAAGAAAUCUCCAGGUUUUGGUGGUUUCGGCAGCAGUAGCAGCAGCACAGCCAUCAUCACAGACACCCUGGUUGAACCAGAGAAACCUAAACCUGCUCCAGCACCCACCAGGCCUAGCGGUCCAAGCAAAGCCCUGAAACUUGGGGCCAGGGGUAAAGAGGUGGACGACUUUGUGCAUAAACUGAAGUCAGAGGGUGAAAACAUUAUCCUCUCUGGCACUGGCAAAAAAGCCUCUGAGGCAUCUAAAUCUCUGCCUGCUCCUGCUAACACAGAGAGUGUGCACCUUCGGAUAGAGGAAAAGAUCACGCUGACGUGUGGGCGUGAUGGAGGGCUGCAGAACAUGGAGGUACUGGGCAUGAUCAUUCUCCGGGUCUCAGACGAGAAGAACGGCCGAAUCAGACUGCUCAUCAACAACGGUGAUAAGAGAGGGGUCCAGUUACAGACCCACCCCAACGUAGAUAAGAAGCUGUUUACAGCAGAGUCAAUAAUCGGCCUGAAGAACCCAGAGAAAUCAUUCCCCCUAAACAACGACGUGGGAGUGCUGAAGUGGAGACUCCAGACCACAGACGAGUCCCUUAUACCACUAACAAUAAACUGCUGGCCCUCAGAGAGUGGAUCUAGCUGUGAUGUUAACAUUGAGUAUGAACUACAGGAGGAAUCGCUGGAGCUUAAUGAUAUCGUCAUCUCAAUCCCCAUACCAUCGGGCGUGGGUGCACCUGUGAUUGGUGACCUGGAUGGAGACUAUAGGCAUGACAGCAGACGGAACGUUCUGGAGUGGUGUCUACCCGUAGUGGACGUAAAGAACAAGACCGGCAGUCUGGAGUUCAGCAUAGCUGGCCAGCCAAAUGACUUCUUUCCUAUCCAUGUAUCAUUCGUCUCUAAAGGGAGCUACUGUGACAUCCAGGUCAGUAAAGCGUCUCAGGUGGACGGGAACAGUCCGGUGCGGUUCUCCACAGAAACGUCUUUCGUGGUCGACAAGUACGAAAUACUCUAAGGAAACAAAUCGUCAAGAAUAACUCCGAGACCAGCUUGAGAGAACAUCAGACCAGUGGACUGACUGUAAUAUAAACGCAGUACACGCUAGAGAGAGAAAGAUAGAGCAUGAAAAAAUGGUUCUUGUUUUUGCCUUCAGCCGUACUUCACCAGGACUUCAAAACAAUCUUUUCCCCUCACUUUCCAAAAAAAAAAAAACAACCCAAACUUUUCCUCAUGGCUGGCAGUGUUCUGCUUUAUUUGUAUCUAUGUACAAAACUAAAUUGUUCUAUGAAGGGAUUUUGGUUUGAACAAGAAAGACGGUCAAACUUAUGAGUUCCAAACCACAUGGAGCUAACGGAAGAAGAAUUUCUACAAAUCCACCAUGUCUUUUCUCGGGUGUAUAGAUUAUGGUGUUUUACUGAAGGUUAAUCUAAUUUAGCAUAAUUAGGAUAAUUUAGCCAGUAUCACAUGUUCUUCUCAAACCUGCGUACGUUUUUGGGUCCUGGGAUUCUCCUCGGUCUGAAAUCCCUGCACUGUCUUCUUUUCCUGUCUUUGACUGAAAGAGACGCCAUUGUCCACACCACUACUCCUCUCCUGUACCGGCAGGACCAUGUGCUAUGAAACAGACCUCAUUUUACAUGUUUGUGUAUGUGAUAAACUCGCCUCCCCUCCUCCCUCUGUUGUUUUUUUUUUUUUUUGCCUGCUGCACAUGCCUAAACUUGUAUCUGGUUCAUCUGCAUUAUCGCCUUGUUUUUUUUUUUUUUUGUUUUUAUUUGUUUUUUUUUUCCUGCAAUCCGCAAGCCAAGUGGCAUGUUGGAUGGCACUGAAACCCGUUUUGAGGAUCGCUUCGAGACGAUAAAUAAGUCUGUGUUUUCCUAUGCUUCGUAAUCAACGAGGCAGUAUUGUCCUGGCUUACACAGCGAACUCCUGAAACGGACUUUCUGUGCCACUAUUGUUGUUGUAGAGUGCAAUACAUACAGUUGUUGGGUUUGGAAGUCCUCUGGGGCCACGUUUACCUAGAACUUAAAAGAAACAGGGCCUGUAGAUUUGGUGACGGUUUCACUUGCGCUGUGAUGUAACGUUAGAUUUAAAGUUUUAGCAUUAAAAUCCUUGAAGGAUCGAUAAUUACAGAACAACUACCUUAACUUUUCAAGCUUUGUUGAGUCAGUCAUGAGCAAUACAACACGUUCUCUGGUGCAGCUUAACAUGCUGUUAGCAGAGUGUAGGAGUUUUGCUCAUGUGGGAUUUAGGAGCUUGUUAAAGGAAGAGUUUGGUCACGAGGUGAAAUGACACCAAUUUCCAGCUACCCCAUGCGAAAUGAGACUAGAGUAACUCACCGCUAAUGAAAGUCUGUCACACCAUCAGACACUUCCAUUAUUUGUUGGCAAAGAAGCAAAAUUUUGAACACUAGAUACAUCUUUGCUGAUUUAUUACAUUUGAGGUAAAAAACACAAUUGUGUACAUUUCACUCUUGGUGAAUCUUUUCCUUUUAGCACCAGGUCUUGAUCAGUAAUAACACUUGAAGUUCUCUGUA